AUGUGUCCCCUGCAGCGUCCCCGGCCAUCUCCUCCGGCCGAUGCCGACAUCCGACUUCUGUGUUCCGGUCCCUGUGACGUCAAGAUGUACGGGGCGGCGGCGGGAAAUUUUUUUAAAUUUUAAAAAAAAUUUUACAUUGCUGUUUCAACCCAUUUCACAUACAUUUUGUCCCGAGUUCUUUGUCCUGUGCCCUGCCUGCAUUUUGACUGUUUUCUGCCUGGAAACUGAGAAAAGUCCAUGGCGUCCAAAAAGCGUCCCUGUAGGUCAAAAGCGGUUUUAGACCAGCUAGAGAACAGCGAUAGUAAAUCAGAACCACUUGCAGAAUUGA